AUUCGCUUUGGCACAAUCCGACGAGUGAAAAGGAAUCAACUUUUGCACAUUUUGCGAAAUAUGGCUGGAAAAAGACAAGCUCAAUCUGAUCUAAAUCACGAUAAUUGGGAUCGCGAAGAAGAGCCAGAGGAACGUGGUACUUUUCGCACAGCAACUGAUGAUGAAUUGAAGAAUCGUGUAAUUAAAAAGGCCAAACGAAAAAUUGCGCCAGGCGCGGCCAGUGAUGCAGCUGAUGGUGGUUCCGGGACCAAAAGUGUAUUCAGUGGUUUUUCUGGUUUUGGAAAAGCGACAGCUACUGCUGCAACAGCAGCCUCUUCACCGUUUUCAUUUUUAAGUAAAAUACCGGCAGUUGCAGCAGCAACAUCAUCGAAUAAUGUUAACAGUAGCACAGCAACAACUGGUGCUACACCAACAUUUUCAUUUGGUAGUGGUUCUGCAGCGGCUACUACAACAGCAAAAACUACGGAAGUUUCGAAACCGUCAUCUUCGUUUUCAUUUGGAAAUGCUAGUGCAACAUCUGCCGUUUCAGCUCCCAAAACAUCAACUGUACCGGCCAGCGAAAAGUCACCAUUCUCAUUUAGUUCUUCAUCGGAAUAUUAUAAGAAACUAAGCAGUCUCAAUCAGGCAGUAAGUGAUUGGGUAAAAACUCACGUUGACAAAAAUCCAGUAUGUAUUCUUUCCCCAAUAUUCAAAGAUUAUGAAAAAUAUUUAAAAGAAAUUGAGGAUGAAAGGAAGAAGGAAGAAACAAAAGACUCAACUGUAGCUAAAGAUGCGACAGAAAAGCCACCUCAAUCAUCGUCAUCAGCAGGAAUGGGAUCCUUUAAAUUUUCGAGCAGCAACAACGCGGCAGCUACGCCACUAACGACUGAAACAGUGGCAAAAACAAACGGCUUCAGUUUCGGUCUUAAGAAACCAGAGGAAACAUCACCGGCUAAGCCCGCUACAACAUCCAGCUUCAGUUUUGGUUUAAAACCAUCCAGCUCUGAAUCAUCCACCACAACAGCGACAUCCAGUUCAACCACGGCACCCUCGUCGGGUUUUUCGUUUGGUAAUCUAUCAAGUAAUACUAAUCAAACUGACACUCCUCCAAAGCCAUUCUCCUUUACUCCCGGUGCCACGCCAUUUUCAUUUGGCAAUAUAAAACCUCCAACUGUAGCAUCAACUGCCACUGGUGCCACAAAUGAAGAUGAAGAUGAGGAACCACCUAAAAAUGAAUUCAAGCAAGUGGUGGAAGAUGAUGCUGUAUACUCGAAGAAAUGCAAAGUUUUUGUCAAGAAAGAUGGAAAUUUCGUUGAUAAAGGUGUGGGCACAUUAUAUUUAAAGCCGGUGGAAUCCUCGGGUAAAACUCAACUGAUUGUACGUGCUGAUACAAAUUUGGGCAACAUUUUAGUGAAUUUAAUUUUAAAUUCAGCUGUUCCUGCGCAACGCAUGGGCAAGAACAAUGUCAUGAUGGUUUGUCUACCAACUCCGGAUGUAGAGAAACCAACAUCAAUGUUACUACGUGUUAAAACUGGCGAGGAAGCUGAUGAACUUUUGGAAAACAUUGAGAAAUAUAAAAAGUAAAUCGUGUUUGUGUUUGUUUUAUUUCUUGUACUUUAUGUUCAACAGUAGUAUUAGUUAAAAUAAAGAGAAAAUAAUUUUUAAAAAUAA